AUGACUGAACAUAAUCGAGAUUUAUCUUUUACAACUUUAUCCUCAAUCGAUUCAAUUGAUAUUCCAUUAAAAACUACUGAUUUUGAUUUAUCAUUAGAAUCAUAUCGAAAUUUAUUUAAUAAAGAUAAACAUAAUUUUACUGCCAGUUCUGAAAUAUCUUUUGAAAAUCAUCAUAAUGAAAAUCCAUUAUUAGAUAAUCAUAAUCGAACAUUUACUAAAGAAAUUUCCAAGACACUUGUUAAUGCAUUUACAGGAAAACCUAUUAGUCCUAAUCCUUGGAGAAAAUUAUGUACAAAAAAUAUUCAACAACAUAUUGAAACAGAUAUACCUAUACCAAUUGAAAUAUUUUCACCUAAUCCACGAUUAAAUAAAGAAAAAAUUAUUCCACAAGAUCAAUCGAAUAAUGGAAUAAAAACACGUCAAAGACGAAGAGAUACGAUUAAUAAUCAAUCUUUCACAGACAGUAGCAAUGAUGAUGAGCAAUCAUUUGAACAAGUUGUACAAGAACAUGAAACUUCGAUUAUAGUAAAACAUCAAGUAAAUACACCAGUUCAACGACGAAGAAAAAAAAGAAAUAGUUUAAAGAAUGUAAUUGAUAAAUCUUCUUCUUCUUCUCCCAAUGAAAAUAUUAAAAUAGAUAUUCUACCGAAAACAAAUCAAUUAAUUCCAAAUGAUCCAUUAUGGCAACGACUUGCUGAUGUUUAUACAUCGGAAUCUUCUGAUGAAAAUAAUCAUUUAUUAUUAUCAAAUAUGAAUUAUACAGCUCGUUUAAAAUCUGAAAUCUAUACAUCAGAUCAGUCAUCGAGUUCAUCAAGAUCUUCUACAAAAACUGAUGCUCGAUCAUCGAUAAUAAAUGAUGAUAGAACAACUUCAUAUAAUUUUCUUGAAUCACUUGCUGAACGUAUUCCAUUUGCAGAUAAACAUCUAGAUGCACAAUCAUAUUUUAUUCAAUCAGGAUUUAAACUUAAAGAAAAACGACAAGAAUUAGCUAAUAAACUUUUAUUUUUAUUUAAUCAAGAUGUUUUUUCUUCGAAAUUAACAGAUAAAGUUAGUGUUAUUUGGAGUAGUCGUUUAACCGCAACAGCAGGUCAUUGUACAACUCGAAAAUCAACAUAUACUGCUGUUAUAACACUUUCACAUAAAGUUUGUGAUUCACCUGAACGUUGUCGUGAUACACUUUUGCAUGAAAUGUGUCAUUCAGCUGUGACUUUAAUUGAUGGUGUUAUGGAACAUGGUCAUGGACCUCGAUGGCGACAAUGGACUCAUAUUGCUCAACAAUCUUAUCCAUAUUUACCUCCAAUAUCAAUUAGACAUACAUAUGAUGUAAAUUAUAAAUAUAUUUAUCGAUGUAUUCAAUGUCAACAUGAAGUUUCUAGACAUUCAAAAUCACUUAAUCUAGAAGUUGAUUUUUGUGGAAAAUGUAUGGGAAAAUUUGAUUUAAUUUUAAAUAGUAAUUUCGAAGAUAAACAAACGCCACGGAAAACAAUUAAUAAAUAUAAUUUAUAUGUCAAAGAAAAUUUUCAAAUAAUAAAACAAGCUAAUCCUCAUUUAUCUACACCACAAUUAAUGAAACAAUUAAGUCAAGAAUAUAAAAAGCAGAAGCAACAACAAAUUGCAACAGAUUUACCGGAUUUAAAUCAAUUAAAAAUUUAA